AACAGAUUAAAAAAAAUUUAAACUUGGUUAUUUUGGUAAAUCAUAACACAUUUAUAAUACGACUUUUGAAAAUAACUAUUUAAAUUGCCUUUAUGUUAUUAUUUAUUUUAUUUUGUCUAAUUAUUAGACAUACGUUUGAAAGUAAAAUAUAAAAGUGUUUCAAAAAAUCUUAAAAAGCAUGAAGAAUGACCUUUAAAAGUCUAUUAAUUAAACGAAACAACUUUUUCUCGGAAUCCAUGUUUGCAAUUUAUUUGCACCUUAAUUUAAAAAAACAAACCAGAAACUGGGAUUAAAGAAACCUUAAGACUGCAACAGCUCAGAACUCUCAAAAGACAAUUUCCUCAGACCAAGGAAUCGCCUCCAACUAUCUAAAUAAAGAAACUGCAAUGGAGUCCUCUCUGGAAGGCUUACUUAAUGAAACCAAUGCUAUAAACAUGGAAAAUACCAUAGAAGACGUGACUCAAAAAGUAAACUGCAUCGGUAACUACGAAAAUGUAACUCAGACUUUCAAAGAUAAGCAAGCUUACUGCAAUGCUACGUGGGAUGGCUUAUCAUGUUGGCCUCCAGUCAAAGCAGGAUCAAUUGCUACAGUACCCUGUUUUCAUGAAUUUAAUGGAGUACUUUAUGAUACAUUAGAGAAUGCCACAAGAUCUUGCGGCGAAAACAGCAGCUGGGCGGAGAGAUCUGACUACUCAAGGUGUAAACCCCUAGAGGAAGAGGAACCCCAUAUCAAGGUUUUAUGGGAUAUAAAAGAAGCAGGCACAAUUUAUUACGUAGGAUAUGGAAUGUCCCUUCUGGCUCUAACAGCUGCUCUUUCAAUUUUUUUGCAUUUUAAAAAUCUUCGCUGCUUACGAAAUAAUAUCCACACGAAUCUUUUGGCUACUUAUUUUUUCUUGGAUCUGACAUGGAUCAUCACAGCUACUUUACAAUCAUGGCCAACUGCAGAAGGUACAAAGGUACGUAUAUCUUGCUUGUUGGUUAUUGGUCUGACUUACUUAAUGGUAACCAAUUUCUUUUGGAUGUUUGUGGAAGGACUUUAUCUAUACAUACUAGCUGUGAAGACAUUUUCCAUUGAAGUAGUUAGAAUUCAUGUUUACUGUGUGAUCGGUUGGGGAAUUCCGGGAAUAAUUGUCGGCUCUUGGGCUUCCGUUAAAGUUUAUUUUGCCCAUCUUUCAAAAGACCCUUUAGCAGAUGGAUGUGUUUGGCAAACUAAGGACAGCACGGAUUACAUAUUCAUUUGCCCUGUCAUUGUUGUUCUUGUGGUGAACAUAUUUUUUAUGUGUAAGAUUAUGUGGGUUUUGAUGACCAAGCUUCGUAUUGCUACAACAGCAGAAUCGAAACAAUACAGGAAAGCAGCAAAAGCCCUCCUGGUAUUGAUUCCUCUGCUGGGGAUUACUUACGUACUGGUCAUUGUGACCCCAUCACAGGGAACAGAAAGAGUUGUUUUCUCCUACAUACAAGCUGUGCUUCUCUCAACACAAGGUUUCACCGUUGCAAUAUUGUACUGUUUCUUAAAUGGAGAGGUGCAAAAAUCAGUGCGCCAUUUGUGGCGACGCUGGUCAACUCGUCGUACAGUGCAUGGAUCUCAAAGAUAUUCAGUAUCCUACCGAUCCUCGCAGUAUGAUCGAGAUAACCUGAAGCUGUACAGAAGUACAAGGGGCACUCAGAAUCGUGGGAGUUGCGUGUCCUUCACCACAACUACUACAACCAACUGGCAGUCCAACUGCAACCGCUGUGACUGACGACGACUUAACAGCGCGACAGGUAGACCAGCCUCUCGCGGAAUGCACGUACAUUUCUAAAAACUGCAUCUAAAUUUUACACAACCAUCUUCAUAUCGAUUUUAUUUAAAAAGAUGUCAUCAAAAAUCAAAUUUGAUUUUAAAAAAUCAUUUUUAAUUUAUUUGUACAUUACAUUUCUUUCUAUAUAUU